AUGCCUCUCUCCUAUAUGCCAGUCGGAAGAUGUUACGAAAAAUUGUAUCAAUAUGAUUUAACUAUUGGAUAUUUCAAAAAAUCGCUAACAAAAAUUAAUGAUAGUGGAAGAAACGAAGAAUAUCUAAGCGCAUGUUUACAUACGUCUAUUGGUCGACGUUAUCAAUUCAAAGCCAAUGAUUCAUUAGCUAUAACAGAAUCCUUACCGAGAAGCUGUGUAGGGCGAAGAUCGAAACAAUAA